AGAUACCGUUCGCCACCCCUACAAGGGCAGGCUGAUUGUUAUUAUGGAUAUAAUAUCCUCUGUUUCCCCAGCCUAUGGACCAAAUUGCUUGGGUACUUAGAUCUCCGGCAAAAAUAUCCGGAGCUCGAAGGAUAUCUAAUCCGCUUCUCGUAUCGCCACAAUUGUUCCUCGGAGAUAUGAUAUAUAAACUUGUGUUUUGCGACCAUGGAGGACUUUGGAGUAGAGCUUUUGACUGAUACUGAAUUUUUGCAAAUAUUCAAACACCAGAGAUAAAAGCUGCACACUUCUCAUUAUGCCUCGACCUUCAUGGACUACAUUGAAAUAUUCGUCCAAAGAUCCGUUAGCUACAAUUGCGGAAAUCGAGAUGCCAGCAUGCCGUGACGCAUGGGUUACUGUCAUCAAUUGAUAAAUAUUUUUGUCGCGAUAUCAGAUAAAACCGGCACCUUACAGUUAUUCCAGGAACACCUCCAGUGUUAUUGGCGAUGGUCAAUCGAAAGACAAUCACAAUGGUUGGCAGAUCUCUGCCGGAGUUGGAAAUGACUGUUUCUUGAACCCGUCGAAACAGACGAGAUACGGGAAUCAUGAAAUGGCUGGUGUGGUUGAGGAAGUUGGUCUGGGUGUAUCUCAGUUUGCGAAAGGACAGAAUGUGGUUCUUAUACCAUCACAAUCUUCAUAUGAUUCACUAGAUGGAUACGACUAUGGAGAGAACGGUCUUACCGAUUCAAACGGUACAUUCUCCGCUCCAUCAUCUUAUCUAUAUCCCCUACCAGCAUCCAUCUCCAUUAGAAGCGCCACAUAUCUCGCAGCACUCGCAACGGCCUAUCAUGCAUUAUUACGCAUGUCCCUUUUUCGACCUCUUGAUAAUGUCCUGAUUGUCUCGAGUAACCCGAUUUCACUUUUUCUUAUUCGACUGCUAUCCCUGCAAAACGCGUAUCAAAUCAUCGUUGUGGAACAUCACCCUAUUUGGAAACGACUCGCGACUCAAUUCGGUGCCACCCAUGUUAUUAACCCUAGAGAUAUCGAUAUCUCCGAGUCCGUACGGUUACUCACGGAUGAUGUGGGCGCUGAUGUGGUUUUUCAUAUCGACGAUCAGUAUGAUUACGAAGUCGACCAGGACAUUGCUGCUCCUCCCUCUGCAAUGCUUAACAGAAGCCGAGGCAUGGCAUAUUCGGCUACCUCGGCGAUUUCAGCAUGUCGCACUCGAGGAACUAUAGUGAAUAUUGCUCCUCGCAGAAUGUAUGAGGCGAGCAAAAGCAAGUUCAGGAAUGAGUUGAUGAUGCAUGAAGUUCAAUUCGUCGGUUUUGCGGGAUACGACAUUACCUCUCUCAGAGCGGCGCUUCGUUUGAUAGAGAGAGGUGAUGUGCAAUUUGAGGGGCUUAGCCUGACGUGAGCUUGGCUUACCUAUGUUUUGUUGUUUCUUCGCUUUCCUGUAUAUAUUUAUGGUGUUGGGGCAUCUUCAUGGUUAUUUUAUGAGUCCAUAUACGUUGUAUUGUACAUGAAAGAUACCCGUUUUGUAUAUAUAUCAAAAGGCGUCUGGACAUUCAGGCUAGUCGCUCGUCAACAUUCCAUUUUU